AGCAAUGAAGGUUGCCUGGAGUUGGAGUGCCGCCACUGGACUGUGUCUCUGCAAACUGCAAUACUAACUCAGAAUCAGUGGAGCCGCAAAGUGUUUUGAGGGGUUACGCAACAGAGCCAAUGAAUAAGCACACUGAUGCGUGGCAAAUCCUUCACGUCCCAGACAAGCCUCCAAUCCCGCCCGGCCAACAACCCACGGUUAAUGUUUUAGCUUCAGUCAUUGAGCCAAAGAUCGCCAACACUCUGGUAAGGCGUUUAAAUCAAAUAGCGCCUCUGGAGAAUCUCCGCCAUGUGAAGCGUGUGCAGAAGAAAUAUCUUGAAGGAGGGAAAACUCAGUUAGCAGUAAUCCUGUGUCUAGCAUGUGAAAAUGACAAUCAGUUGGACAGCAUGCAACAUGAUGUACGAGAGAUAGUCAAUGCCUACCGGCUUAGUGCUUUUAUUACAAAAGUUAGCAAAUCCGCUGCAUCAUCAAAAGAAGAGUGGGAAGAACAAUGCAAACUUUGGCCAACAUCAUAUCAUCCACCAACCUACAAUAUUGAUGGUAUUACUGGAUUUAGUGAAGAGGACUCACAGUUAGUGUUCAGCUUCAUGAGAUUCGCUGUGGAGUUGGCAAAGUCUGAUGAUGGUUUGAUGGUGAAUGCUGCAGUGAUUGUGGAUCCUUCAGUUAAGCAAGUAAUUGCAAGUGCACGUGAUGAAAUCUGCUCUUGGAAUACUUGUAAUAACAAAAGCAGCAUUCAAACUAGCUCCUCUCAACAGCUAGAAGUCUGCAUUACCCGUUCCAUUUCCAAUGUCGUAACAGAUGACUCUCUACUUUCAAAGGCUUCCACCAAUGAACUCGGGCGAUUUACUGGUGUUUCUUGUUUAUACCCCUGGCGGUGGGCUGAGCAACAAUUGUCUUCACCAAAUUCUUGUUACUGGCACCCUUUACGACAUGCUGCACUUGUGGCCAUUGAAUCCUCUGCUGCUAGGGACAGACUACUUUUCCAUGGUUCGAGAGAGAUUGAAGAUAAGUCCUUUGACAUGGAACAUAAGUCUCCUUCCACAGGCUCUCCAGCAAAAAGACAAAAACUAAAUAUGAAAAAUGUUGAGGAUCAUGCGAAACUGGAUACUCUUGCUGAAGGUAAUAGUUCUGUAUCAGCCAGACCUUAUCUAUGCACUGGGUACGACAUAUACCUUGUUUGGGAGCCAUGCACAAUGUGUGCAAUGGCACUUGUCCAUCAAAGAAUUAGGCGCAUAUUUUAUGCUUUCACAAAUCCCAAUGCUGGUGCCUUGGGUAGUGUUCACAGAUUACAGGGGGAGAAGAGCUUAAACCAUCACUACGCUGUUUUCAGGGUCUUGUUGCCCGAAGAAGUGAUGGUCUGAAAUAAAGACGGGUAAUGCCAAAAACCAUUAUUCAAGUUCCUCAUUUGUAAUAGCUCAAGGAGAGUGUGAUCUUUUUGCUUGUGCUUUAUAAUUGAAUCUUAAUUAAAUAUUAACUAGAACGAAGGCCCUUGGAUAUUAACUAGAACGAAGGCCCUUGGAUACUGAAAUGCAUUCUUUCAUUGUAUACGGUCGGUUUGUUACAGCCUUUUGCCUUUUUCCUUUGCAGAAAACCAUUACUUUUUUGUUCCUCUUC